AUGUCUGGCAAAAACAAUGAUCUCCAGAGCAUAAAUAAUUACCAGCCUUAUAACUCUGAGCUCCAGCACCUCAGAAUUCUUCUUCAUGGACCUGCUGGUGCCGGCAAGUCCAGCUUCAUCAACUCAGUUGACACUCUUUUACGAGGCAGAAUGACCACUCAAGCUUUGGCAGAUGCAACUUCUGCAAAGAGCUUCACUAAAACAUACAGAACUUUCAAAAUCCAAAAAGGAGGACCAGGAACUUUUUAUCCUUUUGCCUUCACUGACAUCAUGGGCCUUGAGAAGGACACAGGAGUUAAGGUGGAAGACAUCAUACUGGCCAUGAAGGGGCACAUGAAGGAUGGUUACAAGUUCAAUCCUGAAUCUUCGUUAUCCGAACAUGACAACAAAGUGCCCACUCUAAAUGACAAAGUUCAUGUUUUAGUGUCUGUGAUCGAUGCCAACAACGUAAAACUCCUGAGUGAUGAUAUAAUGAGAAAGAUGAGGGAUGUCAGACUUGCAGCCAGUGACAUGGGAAUUCCCCAAAUGGCAAUUCUCACCAAAAUUGAUGAAGCCUGUCCAGAAGUCAAAGGAAAUAUAAGAAAUGUGUAUAAGAGCUCAUUUUUGGAGGAACAGAUGGAGACAGUGAGUGUGUAUCUGGGUAUUCCACUGUACUGCAUCUUUCCUGUCAAGAACUACCACUAUAAGACCCAAACAGAUGAUGACGUCGACGUACUGAUACUGGCUGCUCUGAAGCAGAUGACUUUGGAGAGGACUACUUUAUUUCCUUAUCGUUUUCUUUACUGCAUCUUUCCUGUCAAGAACUACCACUCUGAGAUCAAAACAGACGAUGACGUCGACACACUGAUACUGGCCGCUCUAAAGCAGAUGAUCGACUUUGGAGAGGACUACGUCAACAACUACUUCUCCAUCAACUCCCCACGCUGCCACCUACAGAAGUUCUCUGACGACUCUGCCAUAGUCAGCCUCAUCACAGGUGACAUGUUUUGUGAAGGUGGGGAGAGUGGAGGACAGGGAGAUGUGAUUUAA